UCCAAAAACUGUGAUUUGAAAUGUUGCCUUACUGGAAUAUCUGGGCAAAACCGGGAAAAUAUUACGAGCCUCAACUCAUUUCUCAGGCAGAUUUCACAAAUCACUUUGUAGUAACCAAACACGAGAUAUGGCAGUGCAAUAUCGAGGAUAAAGGUAAGUUUUUGAGAUCAGUUGUGGAGUACGUUGGCAAAACUCCGAUGCGCACAGUCGAGUUCUACGACGACACACCACUGUUUGGAAGUUCACCUGAAAUGGCCACCAGUCCAGAAGUGCAGCAGUCAGCCAACAUUAUUACAGGAGACGAUUUGCGUGUCACUUAUAAAUACCAUGGCCUGGUCAAGCUCAUACAACGGAAGCAAGGCUUUGUUAGACGUAUUGUAGAUGCGUAUGGGAACCUUUUUGGCAACCAAACCUGGCAAAUUCAUUGUGGAGACCGGUAAAAUUUAGAGUGAAACGUGGAGGACUGAUUCCAGAAUCUAAGGGAGACUGUUUUCAUGUGUGAGGGAUGUUAAAAGUCCAUAAUUCUGUCAUUCUUUUGAAAACAAAAA